UCCAUUACUCACCUCCCCCAACCACCCAUCUCAUACCGCCUUCACGUGCCCGGCAACCGACGUCGCUACGCGCAUCGGAUCCGGAGGCACCUGAUGCGCUGCGUUUCUCAUUCAUGCACCCAUAUCCGCCAGAGUAGCGCGUGCAGGAGGAUCCCGCCGUUGACGGAGGACGCGCCGCGCUCAUGACCGCCGACAAGAUGCCGCUCAUGCUCGACGACUCCAUCAACGUCGAGCUCAACACCGUCGACGACCUUUUUGGCGACGAUGUUGCGCUGUCGCUCCCCGUGAGGAACCAAGGCCGACACCUGCAUCAGCGGCUCGACGAGCUUCGGAGUCGAGGAUGCUGCCAAUCCGUCGCCUGGUCGAGGACUGGCACCAUAGCGACACUGACGCCUGAUGGUCAGGCCUUGCAGCUGCGUUUCCUCCGGUGCAAUCCCCGGAAUGGCUCCUGGGAUCUCAGCGAGCCGACGACGUGUGACCUCGUCAAGGGAUCGCCCACCGUCCCGCUUGUCCACCUGGAAUGGGGCGCUACCAGCAGCCCCGACCUGGCCGUCAUCGAUUCCGUCGGCAGAGUCGCCAUCGUCAGCUUCCCCAUCUCCCUCAACCACCCUUUCAUCACCCGCAAGUGGGACGCGGAUACUGUCGACGACGGCCACGCCGUUGUGGGCAGCCACUGGCUGGCCGUGGCGCCAUCGAACCAGCAGAAACCUUACAAUGUCACGUACGGCCCGGCAAACAAGCAGGGUCACUCAUAUCACUAUGAAAGCUCGUUCGUGCAUGCCGGCGGCCCCAGCCAUCCUCACUCCUCCAAAAGCGCCUUGCUCUGUGUCACUAUCGGCGGCAUGCUCAAGAUGUACUGGUCUCAGAACAACAACAGGACAGAAGAAACCAUUAUGGAACUCGAGAGCAUCAACUCGUCGGAUGAGGUUGUGACCCACGCGGCCCUUGCCUCGGAUAAAAAAUUCCUAUUCGUUGCGCUUGCCACGUCGUCCUUGAGAUUGAAGCUCCUCAAGUUAGAGAUCCAAUGGGGAGGCCCCGGCAGCUCGUCAGACAAGCCCAUGCCGUCGACUGCUCGCUUGAAUCCGGCCCUCGUUGAGACACACCUAGCCUCCACCAGCUGGCUUAAUGGCAGUGCUAGUGAACCGACCAACGACGCGGGGAUGGAGCAGCUAUCGCAUGUUCAUAUCCUACCGUCAAUCUUGAACAGCUCAGCUAAGAACACGGCACCACCUGUCAUCGUCACAAUCAGAUCGCGGGCUUCCGUCGACGGCUCUUAUGGAACGGCACAGAGCAUCAUCGACCGCUGGGAGGCUGUCGAGCAGCGGCAGAAUCUGCAUUCAGCCUUUGAGCAGCUCGGGGGCCGCAGAAAUAGUGUCUCAUCGGACAUAGCACCAUCGAUGAAACUUAAGAAGCUCGAUCCCAUCGUUCUAAAUAAGGUUGUUAUUGGAUUCCAGGCCAUGCAGUUCGGCAAAGUUUUGGUCCUGACCAUGUCCGACGGGUCUGUCGAGUUUCGCGACCGCUUCACGUUUGAAGAGGUCUAUACCGGUGAAGAUUUGAACAAGGUGAUGAAUUUACGACAGGUCGGCUGGGCCUUUACUGAUGAUGGGGGGCCUUGUCAACAAGUCGCCUUCUCACCCACGUACUGCUCCAUGGUACAGCUGGGCGACGGCGGCAAGGUCAAAUGGAACAAGCUUCACUAUCCGGCGGGCGACAUUGGUAACUCCAUGCAUGAGGCGCACUACGCAGCCAGCAUUGCCGGUCUGGCCGUCACGGCGUCCUCGUCCAUGUGGUACAUGAGCAACUACGACGACAUGCUCGCCAUUGUGCAACCAUUCACAUCUAAGAAAAGAUUUACGCAAGACUGGAUCAGUGAGCUCAUACGCAUACUCAAGAUCCAGGUAGACUACUCGGAGGAGAUGCACCACGACUCUCUCAUGAGGAACGCACCGCUACAGUCAUGCCUGAGCAUCAUGCACAGCCUGGGAUUUCGUGGUGAGGCGCGGCGACGGUCGUUUCAAAGCAAGUUUGCGACUGUAGACAUCAACAUUCGGAACGUGGUGAUUCUCAUUACGCUUGCGAGCAACACACCCAUGAAUGUCAGGGAGAAGAUGAGUCCUCUGGAUGAGCACGAAGUGGUUGACGCCCUCACUGGGUGCGCAAAAUGGUCUUUGGAGUUGCUGUCCUGGCUGACCGACUCACUCUUCGGACUUAUGAAUGAUGGGGACUUUACGUCGAGACUCGUGCCACAACGAUUCUCCGAGAUCACGGCGUAUUUGCACGAAGGGAACAACGUGGCACUCCAUCUUCUAUUGAGUUCCUGCAGCCGGAGCUUCCUCUCUGCCUUGUGUCGUAGGAUCGCACAUCUAGAGGCGCUCAGCAAUAAGAUCAUCGACUUUUAUAGGAAGCAGACGGGAGAGCAGGCGGCAGCGGGAAAACUCCCCAGCCCUCAGCUGCGGAUGGCAUACGAGAAGAUGCAUCAGGUCACGACAUCGAGCUUGGUGAGCGCGACGGAAUUCGAAAAGCUGCUUAACGUGCUAGGAUCCGACAUCAGACAAGCAUAUCAGCAGUUCUUGCCAAACCUGGUCAAGCAGGGCGCCAACGCGCCGCAGGGCAAGCAGAUUGACGUGGCCAUCAAGACGACGCAGAUCCAGUUCGAGAUUGGGAUGCUGCUUGGGGCAUCGCCGCCACUGCCGUUCCUGCCGGUGAUCAAGAAGCUGUUCAGCAAGGGCCUGCCGGCGCUGCGGGACCAGACGGACCCGGCGCAGCUCUUCUUUGCCAACUUUGGGCUUCUUGAGAUGCAGGACGACGACUACAGUCUCAGGGCUAGGCGCACCAGCGGGACAUACGUGGACCUGUUCAAGAAGGUGGAGCUGCGACGGAGCAGCACAGGAUCACAGUGGCGACGGUGCGCGCGAUGCGCCUCGGUCAUGGAGGACGUGUUCGGGAGCAAGCCCGGGUUCACGUUUGUGCUCAGCCAGCAGCGCAAAUGCUCCUGCGGCGGGCAUUGGGCGCUGUUGCCCAAGGGGAAGCUUGUGCUGUGAGGGGGGAAGAGUGCUGGACGACGGACGGCACCGAGAUGGUUUGCAGCGCACUGCAAUACGCAGAUUACGAAGUACGUUACUGAGUAGGAAAUAUGGAGUAUUGGUUACGUGGUGCUGUGGGAGCGGGAGUUGGGGGCACGGGAUGCUCAGCGGUCAUGAGGUGUUUAUUACCAGGCAUGUAUGUACGUACGCAACUACGUAUAAUAAAGUGGUCGAUGCUUGC